AUGGAGGUCGUGGAAGAUGAAAAAAUUAAAGAAGAAGCUUGGAAAGCUAUUUUUCAUACAUUUCCAAUAAUUAAAAAUAAUCAAAUGCAAAAACCUUCAUUUGCAGCUUUAAUUUGUAUUUACCAAUGUGGUCUGACGAAUACAGUACAAGAAUUAGUUCUUUGUCAGUUGGAAAAACACAUGAGAUCCAUCUCUGAUGUUUUCUGGUCAUUUUUUCCUGAAAAUGACACUCUGGAAUUAUCACUAAUGGAUGGAUUCACUAGAUUUAAAGAGGCUGUCGAUUCAUUAUACAGUAGUCUGUUAAAUUUUAGGCCAGUUAUAAAUACAUUACAAGAAUUAAUAAAUAUUGAAAAUAGUGAACAAAUGAUAUACAGAGAAAAAACUGUUUUUGAUACAUUUAAAGUUAUAGUUAGAUCAUCUCUUCAUGUAGGAAUCCUUUCUAAAAGUUUAAAAAUUGUUAAAGAUUUUUAUAAAGUAUCAUUUAAAGUAUUUUUAAAUUCUGAUUCCGAUGAUUCGAAUGAAGUUGUCGUUCAGUGUGGUGGAUGCGAUAACACAUUAGAAAAUUGUUUGUGUCAAGAAAUAAAAAGAAUAUUUUCAGAAGUUAAUAGUAAACUUAUGGAAUAUGAUUUAUUAGAAAGAAUCGCUGGUGAUGUACUGACAAAUUUAAUUCAUAAACGAAUUGAAAAUCAUGUUCAGGAAACGUGUAAAGGAAACUUUUUCGUAUCUUACAUAGAUUCAUUAGAAAUGUGGCUCAAAUCUGUCGUGGUGGGAUGGCUCAUAAAUAUUUAUGGAGGAAAUGUAACUGUUAUACCUGAUGCAACUCAAAAAACGAUAAAAAAAUUUGAACAAAAAUUAUUUCAUUUGUUAUAUGAGACUUAUACACAAACUAGAAUAGAAGAAUUAUUUUUAAUUAUCAUAGAGUAUCCUGAAUCACAACCUGCCAUCGAAGAUUUAAGAAUAUGUUUGCAAAAAACGGAUUUAAGAAAUGAUCUCACACAAAAAUUUCAAAGAACAUUAGAAACUAGACUUCUUCAUCCAGGUGUCAACACUCCAGAUGUAUUAACUGCUUACAUAUCAGCCAUAAAAGCUUUAAGACAUUUAGAUCCGACAGGAGUUUUACUCGAAACAGUCACUCAUCCUGUAAGGCAUUACCUAAGGCAAAGAGAAGAUGCUAUACGUUGUGUCAUAAACAAUCUACUGGAUGAUGGUCAAUCUGAAUUGGCUGAUGAAUUGGUUCGUGGAGAAAGUUCGCCAACUUUUGAAGGAUCACCCAGCGAAGAAGAUUUUGAAAAUUGGGAAUCAUGGAAUCCAGAUCCCAUCGAUGCCGAUACAACUAAACCGUCCAAAAGUAGAAGAACUUCGGAUGUUAUAUCCAUGUUAGUAAACGUUUAUGGUAGCAAAGACUUAUUUGUUAAAGAAUACACGACUCUACUCGCGGAAAGAUUAUUAACAUCUUGGAAUUACGAUACAGAAAAAGAAUAUCGAUAUUUGGAAUUACUUAAACUUAGAUUUGGUGAAAGUCACAUGCAUACGUGUGAGGUCAUGCUAAAAGAUAUUUACGAUUCGAAAAGAAUAAACGCCCAUCUUCAUUGCGAAGCAGAUUUAAAUUUAAUAGAACAAGCUUAUCCGACGAAUGCGAAAAUUCUUUCCGCGCCAUUUUGGCCUCUUUUCAAAGAGGAAACACUCGAACUCCCUCAAUUUGUUAAACAACAAAUGGAAAUUUACACGAGAUCAUUUGAAAAUUUAAAAGGAAAUCGAACCCUUUGUUGGAAACCUCAUUUGGGCAUCGUUAACAUGGACGUGGAAUUAAAAGAUAGAACGAUCAACGUGUCCGUGUCACCAACGAAAGCAACCAUUUUAUGGCAUUUUCAAACGAAGGAUGAAUGGACGGUGGAAGAAUUGAGCGCUCUCAUACAAGUUCCACCGACGAAAUUAAGAAGAGAAAUAGCAUUUUGGAAAUUGCAAGGGAUACUAAAGGAAAUAUCGACGGAUCGAUAUUUAUUGAUCGAAGAAACGACGGAAAAAUCUAAAAAUGUCAAUCAAAGCGACAUUGGUUGCGACGAAGAUGAAGUCGAAAGCGUCAUGGCAUCCGCUCAGGAUCAAAGAGAAGAAGAACUUCAAGUUUUUUGGUCGUACAUUGUUGGAAUGCUCACGAAUUUGGAAUCCAUGCCUUUGGAAAGAAUACAUCAAAUGUUGAAAAUGUUUGCGUCGCAAGGAACAUCCGCCGUCGACUGCUCUCAAAAAGAAUUGGGAGUGUUUUUAGAUAGAAAAGUAAGAGAACAUAAAUUAUUAUUUAGCGGUGGUUUAUACAGAUUACCCAAAACGUGA